AUUUCCAACGAAAGCAGUGAACAUUUCGAUAUACAUCUCCUCUUCUCACAAAGAUCCAGCACAGAGGAAUCGAAAGCUUCCUUCAUCUCUGCCUUUUCAGACCUUCUCAGUCAAGAUUCUCAAGAGAUGGAGAAAAUGGCUUCUCCGUUAUCGAUCCUCGUCUGCGUCUCGCUCGUUCUUCUGGCUGCGCCGUGCUCAUCCGAUGCGGCGGCGCAGUCCAAUGGGUCUUUCGUCGACAACUUCAACAUAAUGUGGUCGGAAGAGCACUUCAAGACCUCCGAAGAUGGCCAGAUCUGGUACUUGUCGCUGGACAAAGAAACAGGUUGCGGGUUUCAAACAAAGCAGAGAUACCGAUUCGGCUGGUUCAGCAUGAAGCUCAAGCUUGUGGGAGGUGACUCUGCAGGAGUGGUCACUGCUUACUAUAUGUGCUCGGAUGACGGGGCAGGGCCGGAGAGGGACGAGCUGGACUUCGAGUUCUUGGGGAAUCGGAGCGGACAGCCAUAUCUGAUCCAGACCAAUGUGUACAAGAACGGGACGGGCGGGCGCGAGAUGAGGCACAUGCUCUGGUUCGACCCGACCGAGGACUUCCACACUUACUCCAUCCUCUGGAACAACCACCAGAUUGUGUUCUUCGCGGACAAAGUGCCGAUCAGGGUGUACAAGAACAACGGGGAGGCCAACAACUUCUUCCCCAACGAGAAGCCCAUGUACCUCUUCUCCAGCAUAUGGAACGCCGACGACUGGGCCACGCGGGGCGGGCUCGAGAAGACGAACUGGACCAAAGCGCCGUUCGUGUCGACCUACACCGACUUCGGCUUCGACGGGUGCCGGUGGGAGGACCCCUACCCGGCCUGCGUCUCGACCACGACCCAGAACUGGUGGGACCAGUACAGCGCCUGGCACUUGUCCGACGAUCAGAAGACGGACUACGCUUGGGUUCAGCGGAACCUCGUCAUCUAUGACUAUUGCCAGGACAACAAGAGGUUCCCUACUUUGCCUUGGGAGUGCUCGCUCAGCCCUUGGGAUUGAUUGGGCAAGAUCUACUACAGCUAGUACGGAUUUUGAUCCAUCCAAAAUUUUUCCCCAUGUAAUAUGUGUAAUUCGUUUUGUAAGUUGCGUUAUUCGUUGAUUUCUAUUCUAUUAAUAGAUGCGGCGCAAUAAAACCUUCUUUCGUAAA